AUGAAAACAGCCUUAGUUGCAACUCCACCUGGCUUAACAUCUGCUGAAACUACAUUGGCUCAAACUACAUCUACAGAAAGUCCUUUCAUAGGCAGCACUUCUCCAGAAACUGUUCUGAGGACUAAUUCCAGUGAAUCGACACCCUCAGUUAGUCCAACGGGAAUUGAAUUGGAAACAACACCUGUAUUGAUAACUGCUAUGAAAACAACCUUAGUUGCAACUCCACCUGGCUUAACAUCUGCUGAAACUACAUCGGCUCAAACUACAUCUACAGAAAGUCCUUUCAUAGGCAGCACUUCUCCAGAAACUACUUCUCUGAGGACUACUUCCAGUGAAAUGACACCCUCAGUUAGUUCAACAGGAAUUGAGUUGGAAACAUCAACACCUGCUAUGAAAACAACCUCAGUUGUAAAUAGUCCUAUCAUAGGCAGCAUUUCUCCAGAAACUGCUCUGAGGACUACUUCCAGUGAAUCCACACACUCAGUUAGUCCAAUGGGAAUUGAAUUGGAAACAUCAAAACCUGUUAUGGAAACAACCUUGGAUAUAAAUACACCUGGCUUAACAUCUCCUGUUGAAAACUACAUUGGCUCAAACUACACCUGCAAAAAGUACUACCCUAGGAAGCAUUUCUUCAGAAACUACUUCAGAAACUACUUGGAUGUGACUACACCUGUCGAAUCUAAGUUGGCUCAAACUACAACUAUAGCAGGAAGUCCUAUCAUGGGUAGUAUUUCUCCAGAAACUGCUCUGAGGACUACUUCCAGUGAAUCGACACCCUCAGUUAGUCCAACAGGAAUUGAAUUGGAAGCAUCAACACCCGCUAUGAAAUCAACCUCAGUUGUAAAUACACCUGGCUUAACAUCUCCUGUUGAAAACUACAUUGGCUCAAACUACACCUGCAAAAAGUACUACCCUAGAAAGCAUUUCUUCAGAAACUACUUCAGAAACAACUCAGACGUGACUACACCUGGCUUAACAUCUGUUGAAACUACGUUGGCUCAAACUACAACUAAUGCAGAAAGUCCUAUCAUAGGCAGCAUUUCUCCAGAAACUGCUCUGAGGACUACUUCCAGUGAAUCGACACCCUCAGUUAGUCCAACAGGAAUUGAAUUGGAAACAUCACCUGUAUUGAUAACUGCUAUGAAAACAACCUUAGUUGCAACUCCACCUGGCUUACCAUCUGCUGAAACUACAUUGGCUCAAACUACUACAGAAAGUCCUUUCAUAGGCAGCACUUCUCCAGAAACUACUUCUCUGAGGACUACUUCCAGUGAAACGACACCCUCAGUUAGUUCAACAGGAAUUGAGUUGGAAACAUCAACACCUGCUAUGAAAACAACCUCAGUUGUAAAUAGUCCUAUCAUAGGCAGCAUUUCUCCAGAAACUGCUCUGAGGACUACUUCCAGUGAAUCCACACACUCAGUUAGUCCAAUGGGAAUUGAAUUGGAAACAUCAAAACCUGUUAUGGAAACAACCUUGGAUAUAAAUACACCUGGCUUAACAUCUCCUGUUGAAAACUACAUUGGCUCAAACUACACCUGCAAAAAGUACUACCCUAGGAAGCAUUUCUUCAGAAACUACUUCAGAAACUUCUUGGAUGUGACUACACCUGUCGAAACUAAGUUGGCUCAAACUACAACUAAUAAAGGAAGUCCUAUCAUGGGUAGUAUUUCUCCAGAAACUGCUCUGAGGACUACUUCCAGUGAAUCGACACCCUCAGUUAGUCCAACAGGAAUUGAAUUGGAAGCAUCAACACCCGCUAUGAAAUCAACCUCAGUUGUAAAUACACCUGGCCUAACAUCUCCUGUUGAAAACUUCAUUGGCUCAAACUACACCUGCAAAAAGUACUACCCUAGAAAGCAUUUCUUCAGAAACUACUUCAGAAACAACUCAGAUGUGACUACACCUGGCUUAACAUCUGUUGAAACUACGUUGGCUCAAACUACAACUAAUGCAGAAAGUCCUAUCAUAGGUAGCAUUUCUCCAGAAACUGCUCUGAGGACUACUUCCAGUGAAUCGACACCCUCAGUUAGUCCAACAGGAAUUGAAUUGGAAACAUCAACACCUGUUAUGGAAACAACCUUGGAUAUAAAUACACCUGGCUUAACAUCUCCUGUUGAAAACUACAUUGGCUCAAACUACACCUGCAAAAAGUACUACCCUAGAAAGCAUUUCUUCAGAAACUACUUCAGAAACAACUCAGAUGUGACUACACCUGGCUUAACAUCUGUUGAAACUACGUUGGCUCAAACUACAACUAAUGCAGAAAGUCCUAUCAUAGGUAGCAUUUCUCCAGAAACUGCUCUGAGGACUACUUCCAGUGAAUCGACACCCUCAGUUAGUCCAACAGGAAUUGAAUUGGAAACAUCAACACCUGUUAUGGAAACAACCUUGGAUAUAAAUACACCUGGCUUAACAUCUCCUGUUGAAAACUACAUUGGCUCAAACUACACCUGCAAAAAGUACUACCCUAGAAAGCAUUUCUUCAGAAACUACUUCAGAAACAACUCAGAUGUGACUACACCUGGCUUAACAUCUGUUGAAACUACGUUGGCUCAAACUACAACUAAUGCAGAAAGUCCUAUCAUAGGCAGCAUUUCUCCAGAAACUGCUCUGAGGACUACUUCCAGUGAAUCGACACCCUCAGUUAGUCCAACAGGAAUUGAAUUGGAAACACCAACACCUGCUAUGAGAACAACCUUAGUUGUAAAUACACAUGGUUUAACAUCUCGUGUUGAAAACUACAUUGGCUCAAACUACACCUGCAAAAAGUACUACCCUAGGAAGCAUUUCUUCAGAAACUACUUCAGAAACUACUUGGAUGUGACUACACCUGUCGAAACUAAGUUGGCUCAAACUACAACUAAUGCAGGAAGUGCUAUCAUGGGUAGUAUUUCUCCAGAAACUGCUCUGAGGACUACUUCCAGUGAAUCGACACCCUCAGUCAGUCCAACAGGAAUUGAAUUGGAAGCAUCAACACCUGCUAUGAAACCAACCUCAGUUGUAAAUGCACAUGGCUUAACAUCUCCAGUUGAAAACUUCAUUGGCUCAAACUACACCUGCAAAAAGUACUACCCUAGGAAGCAUUUCUUCAGAAACUACUUCAGAAGCUACUCAGAUGUGACUACACCUGGCUUAACAUCUGUUGAAACUAUCUUGGCUCAAACUGCAACUAAUGCAGAAAGUCCUGUCAUAGGCAGCACUUCUCCAGAAACUGCUCUGAGGACUACUUCCAGUGAAUCGACACCCUCAGUUAGUCCAACAGGAAUUGAAUUGGAAACACCAACACCUGCUAUGAGAACAACCUUAGUUGUAAAUACACAUGGUUUAACAUCUCGUGUUGAAAACUACAUUGGCUCAAACUACACCUGCAAAAAGUACUACCCUAGGAAGCAUUUCUUCAGAAACUACUUCAGAAACUACUUGGAUGUGACUACACCUGUCGAAACUAAUAUGGCUCAAACUACAACUAAUGCAGGAAGUCCUAUCAUGGGUAGUAUUUCUCCAGAAACUGCUCUGAGGACUACUUCCAGUGAAACGACACCCUCAGUUAAUCCAACAGGAAUUGAAUUGGAAGCAUCAACACCUGCUAUGAAAUCAACCUCAGUUGUAAAUGCACAUGGCUUAACAUCUCCAGUUGAAAACUUCAUUGGCUCAAACUACACCUGCAAAAAGUACUACCCUAGGAAGCAUUUCUUCAGAAACUACUUCAGAAACUACUCAGAUGUGACUACACCUGGCUUAACAUCUGUUGAAACUACGUUGGCUUAAACUACAACUAAUGCAGAAAGUACGAUCAAUGGCAGCACUUCUCCAGAAACAGCUACUCAGAGGACUACUUCCAGUGAAACGUCACCCUCAGUUAGUUCAACAGAAACUGUAUUGGAAACAUCAACACUUCUGCAGAGAGUACUAUCCAAGGCAGCACUUCUGCAGAAACUACUUCCCUAGGCUCUACUUCUGCUGAAUAUAGUUAGUUAAACAGGAAUUGUAUUUAAAACAUCCAUGCCAAUGACAACAGCUAUGAAAAGAUCUGUUUUAAGUACACCUGGCUUAACAUCUCCUGUUAAAACUACCUUGGCUCGAGCUACAUAUUCUGCAGAAUACUACCUUAAGCCGCACUUUUCAAGAAACUACUUCGAGGACUAUUUCCACAUCUACACCUGUUUGAAAAUGACCUCUUACUAAAACUAGUAUAACAUUUGCUGUUAAAACAUCCUCAGACACAGCACUUCUGCAGAUACUUCUCCCAUAGGAACUACUGCUGAAACAGAGGGUGUUAAUUCAACAGGAGUUGUAUUGGAAAAUUCCACACCUGUAAUUACUUCUCAAAAAACAUCACCAGUUGUAACCAUACACCUGGCUUAACAUCUGCUGUUAAAACUACAUCUCAAACUACAACUUCUGCAGGAAGUACUUCCCUAGGCUCUACGUGUGCUGAAUCUAUGCCUUCAGUUAGUUAGUUAACAUCUGCUGUUAAAUCCACAUUGGCUCAAAUUACAUCUGCAGAAAGUACCUACUCUAGGCAGCAUUUCUCCAGAAACUAAUUCUCUGAGGACUACUUCCAGUGAAAAGACGCCCUCAGUUCAACAGGAGAUGUAUUGGAAACCUCAACACCUGUUAUUAUGACAACUGCUAUGAAAACAAUCUCAAUUGUAAAUAUACCUUGCUCAGUUGCACAAUUAAAGUAAAAUUAUCAGCUACAUUAAACUGAUUCUCAUAAGUAUGUUUUCCUGUGAACUCCUGUAACUGUUAAUGCUAAUUAAUUAUUUAUUGUGUUAUAAGAAUGCAUUUUAUAGUUCUGUAGAGGUUGCAUAAAUACAAUAAAACUUU